AAGUAAACCUUAAUGGAGGUGGAGAUACCAGCCGAAGAAAAGGCACCCUUGCUGGGACGAGAGACCAUUUAUUCAAGAUUGGGAACGGACGAAAUGCCUGCUUCCUCUAAAUGGCCCGAAGAUACUUACGAUAUCUCAGUGAAAACCACUGCUUUUGGUGUAAAAGGAGACGCCAUUGGCAAACGAUCGAGGAGUCAGCGUUGCAGGAUCUUCAAACAACUCAAGUUCGCUCUCUUUGACUCCCACUGGCCCUUGUCUUGUUUCCUUGCGGUUGCUUUUCUUGGUGUUUGGUUGCCUAAGAAGAGCAAAUCUCUUUGGCUGCUCACUUUAAUACCAGUAUUUCACAUGCUCUUCGGCUUGGGGGCACAUAUGUAUUUCAUUCUCUUGGCGAGAGACCAAAAUACUCUGAAAGUUCAUAUUGGGUCCAAAAUACUACUCACAUCGUUAUGGAUAAGCGGCUUUUCAUCGUACAUCCUAGCCUUGUAUUACUUCAGAUAUCAGUCACAGGAAUGGAGGAGAGGUCUGAGCAAAAUUCAACGCCGAGCCGUCAACGUGGGUCUCUUCACUGGUUUGCUACUUGUGUCAUGGGUCCUGUUUUUAGACGCCCAUUAUCAAGUUAUGUUUGACUUAGAACACAUUAAAAAAGCCCUUACUCAUAAGUGUCCCAAUUUGAAAGCUUGCAAUGGUGUUUGGUACCCCCUUGUCACUUCCAUAUACUGGGGAAUGUAUUCGUCCAUCGCUGUUUGCUGCGUGUUUUUCUCUCUGUGCCUCGCGAUGACGAACGAUCUCACGAGAGGAUACCAUCGCCUGACUAAAUGCAAUGGGAAUGUUCGAAAUGCUGUAAUAAUGCACAAGCAAGUGCAUGAACAAAUUGGAGAAAAGAUCAUCUGCAUACGGGUUUGGUUUUUAGUUCACACUUUUUUUUACCUGGUGGUGUUUUUAGCCAGCGUUUUCGACUGGUGGGAAGCUGCAAGCGACUCGUUACACUCUGUUGCCCAGUAUAUGGCUCAAAUCUCUGGAACGCUGGUCGUAGUGUACAAAUUUUUCUUCCCCUUUUUGUCAGCCAGUUACGUCACUUGGCACGAAUCAACACUCGUACAAGACAUGAACGACAAGACAGAUUACCUGCCAGGAGAAACCUUCCACUCGAGGCAAGACUUAGAAGUGUUCUUUGCACAGAGCAAGAGACGUGGUUAUGGAUUUCGCCUGUUUAAGAUACAAAUAACCAUAACGAUCGCAAUAUUUUCUUUGCUUGGAUCUGGCUUUGGACUCCUACACGCCUUGUUUUUUAAUAGUAGAUGAAUUUGUUCGGAACAUGAUAGAAC